AAUGGCCGGCGUCGAUCAUUUCUGCAGGCUCAACAGCCGCUGGUACACAGCAAGUCUCUGGGGCAGGCAUGGCCGUUGGCAAGUCUAGCCUCGGUUUCUACCGGUUGUCACCUCUCCAUCACCGCGGCCAAGCCAACGGCCACACGUCAUCCUCAACAGCCAUUCAGCGCGUCGCCAGACUCCCAACACGUGGCUCCGUCGGCCUCGAACUGGCCGGCCCCGGUCGUCAUAGCAACUGAAAAUGCCUGGCCAGGCAGUCCGUGUCAGUCGAAUCAGGGCUGGGUGCCGGAUGACUUCUGUUUUGUGCCCGGAUCGUGCUCAACCGUAGCCGGUGCCAACCUCGGCAGCGGCGUUGGCGGCUCGACAACCAGUCAACGACAAGAGCAGACUUUCGUGAAAGCAGACGCCAAAGCCUUCGAGUCCGAAAGUCGGCAUACAGGACAGUUGGUUGCGAUGGCCUGUGAAGGUACAGACGUCGGCAAACCGACAGUGUCGGGCAUGACCUCGGAGAUACCACAGGCCGGCCCAACGACACGGUCCUGUAAGAUCGUGGCGCCAAUUUUCAGAAGGUCAAUCGAAGAGGAAGACGAGUACGAGCAGGAGAAUAAGGGGGAGGAGGAUGAGGAGGAGGAGGAAGAGAAGCAGAAAAAGAAGAAGAAGCUGAAGUCUACAGAGCGGCAAAGUGAAUUGUCCAAGUGGAAGGAUGGAGAUGUCCCCAGCUCCUCGAGGCAGGUCAAUCUGCCGGCUCGGCGAGGACUGACCGGAAGUUCCAGCGUCACUGGCAUUUCCGGCCACGGGGCCUUGGAGACCGGUGCUAUGCACAAAAGCUACAGCACAGGUCCCGGCAAAGGCGACUCUUAUCUGGCUCUGGUUGCAGCCAUGUUGGUGUCCAGGGACCCAGUUGACGUGUCCACGGAAGCCCUGCUGACCCGGCACAACACGGUGGGUGUACGUGUGGAGGAGGAGGAGAGUGGGACUGGCCAGUGA